AUGAGCGGUGACUUCCGGGAGAGUUGGCAGCUGACGCUGGUGCAGCCGAAUCAGGACGCCGUGAAGAAGCAGGUCGCCCCCCCACAGACCUUGGAUGAGCUCUACUCCUCCCUGGGUGUGGACGUGGGCCAUGGCCUGCUGACCAUGCACCCCGCUCACCAGCAGAUGUACGUGGUGGAGCGUCCGGAUCAGAUCCAUGAUGGUGCCACCCUGCACGUGCACGUGCCAAAGAAGCGGAUCUUCAUUUCUGUGCCGCCCAACAUCAAGCACAAGGCGGUGGUGUGGUACGCCGGGGCCACGGCCAGCCAGAUCGAGCGCUCCAUCGCCAAGGCGGCCGGCUUCGAACCCGCGGCGCCGGUGGAGCUGAGGGACGGGGAGGACGUGGUGGUGCUCUCCACAAGCCUCCCCAAUGACAUCCACCUGGAGGUGAGCCAGGCGAAACGCUCCCUGCGCAGCGCCACGCCCUCCACUGCCUCCAUAGGCGUCUCUGCGCGGGGGAAGCUGCUGAGCAGCGCCAGCUGCGCCAGCGCCGGCUCCGUCAGCUCCAAGCUGCGGAAGGAGCGCCAGAGCGAGAAGUCUCCGCCGAGGCAGCGGUCCCCCCGCUCCCGCAGUGGCACAUUGCCCUCAGUGGGCGGCAGCACUACUCCCACAGCGCACCAGAGCGCACCAGAGGAGCACUGCGUGCACAUCCUGGCGGGCCACACAGGCUCCGUACUUUGCCUGUGUGCAGUGGGGGACAUUCUCUUCACGGGCUCCCAGGAUAGUAUCAUCAUGAUCUGGGACCUGAACAAUUUGCAGUACAUUGGCAAUUUGCCUGGCCACCGGGGGUUUGUCAAGUGCCUGCACGCGAGCUAUGCCAAGAAGGUUCUUUGCUCAGGCUCGCAGGAUCGGAGCAUCCGGGUGUGGAGCCUCGAGACCUUCUCCACGGUGAAGACGCUACUGGGCCACACCGGGGGUGUGAACACGGUGCUUAUCCUGGAGGGCACCGACGUGUUAGUCUCAGGCUCUGAGGACAGAUCGAUCCGUGUGUGGGACCUCGCGACCUUCGAGGCCGUGGCCUGCCUUGAGCAAGCGCAUCUCGGGGGCAUCUUCGCCCUGGAUCGCUUCUCCUCCUUGCAGGUGGUGUCUGGAGCACGGGACCGUUCGUUGAAGGUCUGGGAUACAUCCACGUGGUCAGUGCACAGGACACUUCACCCGCCUCAUUAUGACGGCGUCACCAGCAUUGCGGUGGCCGGCAAGCACGGGAAGUUCUACUCGGGGUCAAGAGAUAGAUCCAUCAAAGAGUGGGACGUCCAUAGCCUCACCAACACGAUGCACACGCUCCACGUCCACGGUGACUGGAUCCAAAGCCUUUGCAUGUCUCCCAGCGACGACGUGCUCUUCUCAGGCUCCAAGGACGGCAUCGUGAAGGUUUGGGACGGAGAGCUGCAGUGCCAGGACGUGCUGCAGGGCCACAAGGGCCCCGUCACGGCGCUGGCGGCCGUGGGGAAUCGGCUCUUCUCGGCGUCCCAUGACCGCGCCGUGCGCGUGUGGCGCAUCGAGCAGUACGGCUGA